AUGGUAGACAAUAAAAGUGUCCUUGAACUUGGUGAUAUUUCUGCUGAAGCGUUUGAAGCUUUACUCUGCUACAUCUAUACCAACAACACUGCGCUCUCCCUCGAAAGUGCUUUUGAUUUGCUAAUGCAGGCAGACGUUUACCUGAUAAACUCUUUAAAGAAGUUUUGUGCCAAUUUUAUUGGUGAGCACAUUGAUCAGUUGAAUGUCAUUGAUAUAAUUAAACUGGCCCGCGAGCUGAAUUUGCCUAAACUUGAGAAGACCGCCACCCAGCACAUAGCCAACAACCUUCAACAGUACAUUUCUAACGAAGAAUUUCAUAAACUCGUUGUAUCCGAUGCUCUAGAAGUAAGAGAACGUCAAGAAACAGACACCAUUGGCAUUAUCGAUGACCUGCGGUACUAUCUGAACAGUUCAUCAAAGUUCAGCAUAAAACAUUAUGAGGAAAAUGAGGCCAACUUGAAAGCCAUUAAUGAUCUUCUAGUGACGCUUGGUUUGGGAGCUUAG